AUGAGUAAAAAGAUAACAAUAGGACCUGUUGAACCUUUAGUAAAAGUUUUAGAAAGAAGAAGAAAAAGUAGUCAUAAUAACAAAGAAAAACUAACUAGUUUGAUAAUUUUCUCAAUUAUAGAGUUUGGAAAUAACUACUUUGUGGAAACAGAGAUAAAGACAUUUUUAAAGGAAUAUGAAGUGAAACGAGGUGAUAGAGAUAUCAUUGCUCUACAGAAUCAAACAAUCACUGCAAAUGCGACGAUGUCAAAUAUCAGACAUUGCAAUCAACAGGCUGCCAGAUUCGAAUCGAUCAAUCAAUCACUUAGAGAAUUAAAUGAAAAAGUACAGAAUCAAGUGUUUCGUGAAGACGUCUAUCAAUCUCAUCGUGACAGCGAACGAUUGGUUAAAUUCGACGAAUUAGAGCUGGAGAAAGCACACAUCGAAGAGCAACUCUCCGCCAAGAAAGCAGUUAUCGAUAGAGAAUUUCAAGAGACAUCAAAAUCACUUCAAGAUAAAUAUCAAAUUGUUCUAUAA